UUCAUCCAUCUUGCUUUUUAGAAUAUUAGAAGCCGGCUCUCGUUUAUUUCAAAUUGCACGAUCUUUUAUAUAAACUGCGCUAGAAGCUAAGUUUUUUGUGCAAAUUAAAUUUUGGAACUUGUUAAAUAAUUCAGAGAUCCAGGAUUUUGCCCAGGAAUGUUUUAGGCCACUUCUGGCAGUCUUAUGCAUAUCGCAUUACUUUGUUUGAGCCCCGCAAAGCUUGUUUGAGUACGAGCUGCAACGCGGGCCAACGUUCAGACAUGGCUUUGGCGAGCAGAGCACGUGUCUAUGCUGAUGUUAACUCACGAAAGUUGAGGGAAUAUUGGGAUUAUGAAAGCUAUGUAGUGGAUUGGGGUCAACAAGAUGAUUAUCAACUUGUUAGGAAACUUGGUCGUGGAAAAUAUAGUGAAGUUUUUGAAGCUAUUAACAUUGUGAAUAAUGAGAAAUGUGUAGUGAAAAUAUUAAAGCCCGUCAAAAAGAAGAAAAUCAAACGAGAAAUCAAGAUUUUAGAGAAUCUACGUGGGGGAACUAAUAUAAUUACUUUACAAGCCGUUCUGAAGGAUCCAGUUUCACGCACACCUGCUUUAAUUUUUGAGCACGUUAAUAACAUAGAUUUUAAACAAUUAUACCAGACUUUAACUGAUCUCGAUAUUAGGUAUUACUUGUUUGAGUUAUUAAAAGCUCUGGAUUACUGCCACAGUAUGGGAAUAAUGCAUAGGGAUGUCAAACCUCAUAAUGUCAUGAUAGAUCAUGAAAAUCGAAAACUUCGGUUAAUAGACUGGGGUUUGGCAGAAUUUUAUCAUCCUAAUCAAGAGUACAAUGUGCGUGUAGCCAGUAGAUAUUUUAAGGGACCUGAAUUGCUAGUGGACUAUCAGAUGUAUGAUUAUUCACUAGAUAUGUGGUCACUUGGCUGCAUGUUGGCAUCGAUGAUAUUCAGGAAAGAACCGUUUUUUCAUGGUCAUGAUAAUUAUGAUCAGUUGGUUCGGAUCGCAAAAGUACUGGGUACCGAAGAGUUAUAUGAAUACUUGGAUAAAUAUCACAUAGAUUUAGAUCCCAGAUUUAACGACAUAUUGGGAAGACAUUCAAGAAAACGAUGGGAGCGAUUUGUACAUUCUGAAAAUCAACACCUGGUUUCACCUGAAUCGCUUGAUUUUCUUGAUAAACUACUACGUUAUGAUCAUUAUGAGAGACUUACAGCAAGGGAAGCAAUGGAUCAUCCAUAUUUUUAUCCAACAGUUAAAGAACAAGGCCGACAGCCGAUUGUUUCAUCAUCACCUGCUCCCAUUGCAGGCUGUGGGGGGCCUGUAGGUGAUUCCACACCACCAAUUGUUUCACCUCCAUCUGGUACACCGUCAGAUUUGUUUGCCCUUCCACAGUAAUUACUCUUGUUCUCAAAACUUGGAGUGGGGCCAACUUCUAAACAUCAUUGAGAAUUUGGCUUACACAGUAUAUUUCCUGUUUUGUUUUUAAUAAAAGCCCAACAUCCAAUUUUAGAUAAAUAAAAACGAUGGCAUAACUAUGAAAAUUACAUCUGCGCUUUUCAUAACCUAUAACUGUAGUUUGUUAUUUGUACAUUACUUGUUCUUUCUGAUGCAGCAAAGUUUAGACAAAACGAGUUUUUGUUUAUAGAUUUUUUUUUUAUA